UGUGACAGCUCUGAUUGAACAAAAUGAUAAUAAUAAUCCAACCUAUAAAUCCAAAUAUUUUUAUAACAUUUUACAACUGAGCAACACAACAAAACAAACCAAAAGCUAUGAUAAUACGGCAAGCCCGACCCGUCUUUAAUCGUGCAUCCCUCAACGCCAGACAGAACUCAAGAGGUUUAAUUCUCUCAUACAAAGUGAUCGGGGAGCGGGCGCAGGGGACCGAAGACCCGCCCAUCAUGAUAUUCCACGCGCUGCUGGGCCACAAGAAGACCUGGGAGCCGAUAGCCAAGACCUUCAACACGAUGACGUCACGAGCCGUGGUGGUGGUCGACCUCAGGAACCAUGGGGAAAGUCCGCAUACUAAUACGCAUAGAUACCCUGAUUUGUCUGAAGACAUCGCCAGACUGUGUGACAAGCUGGGCAUCCCGCAAGCCACCAUGGUUGGCCACGGCAUCGGAGGCAGGGCAGCCAUGUACCUGGCCCUCACUGAGCCAGAAAGGGUAAAAAGUCUGCUGGUGAUAGACGUAUCCCCAAUAUCGUCUCCUUCGCCGGAAUUGUAUCUCACGAUCAUUGAAGCCAUGAGGAAUUUUUCCUUGAAGCCCUACAAAAAUCCCCUGCAGGCCCAAGAUGCCUUCAAGAAGGAACUAAGACCUCUAAUACCAGAUGAAUACGUUCUAAACAUAGUUGUUUCUAACAUCGCUGUGAAAAAUUCGGUGUUAACUUGGACCUGCAACCUGGAAGUCCUGAAAAAGGAAUUUCAACACAUUAAAGUGUUCCCUAAAUUAAAGAACAAACAGUACUUUGGACCGACUCUUUUCCUUGGAGGACAACUAUCGGAUUUUCUACCGCCCGACGACCUGACCGGCAUCAGGGGGUACUUCCCGGCGGUGGUGGUGCGGUUCGUGCGGAAGACCUGCCACAACCCUCACCUGGAGGACCCCAAGGGGUUCUUCGAGGCGUCAAUCAAGUUUCUGAAGCUCAACAAUAAACAUCAUCAAGUUUCGUAG